AUGUUCCACUACCGCACCACGGGCUUCAACGGCUACGCCGUCCAGUACUCGCCCUUCUACGACUCGCGCCUCGCCUGCGCCGCCUCCGCCAACUUCGGCCUCGUGGGCAACGGCCGCCUCUACAUCCUCAGUCUCACGCCCACGGGCAUCGUCUCCGAGAAGCACUUUGACACGCAGGACUCGCUGUUCGACGUCGCGUUCAGCGAGCUGCACGAGAACCAGCUGGCGGUCGCCUCGGGCGACGGCAGCAUAAAGCUGUUUGACACGACGCUCGACCAGUUCCCGAUCGCGAGCUGGCAGGAGCAUGCCCGGGAGGUGUUUUCGGUCAAGUGGGGCGGCGUGGACAAGAGUGUCUUUUGCAGCUCGAGCUGGGACGGGACUGUGAAGCUGUGGUCGCCGACGUCGCCGCGCUCGCUGCUCACGCUGCCGGUGGGGAGCUGCACGUAUAGCGCUGUGUUCAGCCCGCAUACUGCGAACCUCCUCUCGUGCGUGUCCUCCGAUAGCACGCUGCGACUGUUCGACACGCGGGCACCACCGGCGCCACAGACGGUGAUCGCUGUGAGUCCCAUGGCGCCAGGGGAGGUUCUGACACACGACUGGAACAAGUAUCGGCCUGAUGUUGUAGCGACAGCGGGCGUGGACAAGAUCGUGCGGGUGUGGGACGUGCGGCAGCCGGCGCGGCCGGUGAGUGAGCUUGCAGGACACGAGUAUGCGGUGCGCAGGAUCGCGUGGAGCCCGCAUUGGGCGGAGGUGCUGGUGAGCGCUAGUUAUGAUAUGACGGUGCGGGUGUGGAAUGACGGUGGUCUGGGGGGCGUCGGGGGUGCCAUGGGGGGCACGGGUGUUGGGCGCAUGAUGGGUGUGAUGGACCGGCAUACGGAGUUUUGUGCGGGUGUGGAUUGGUGCCUGUUUGGUGGAGAGGGGUGGGCGGCGAGUACGGGGUGGGAUGAGAGCGUGUGGGUGUUUGAUGUGGGGGGUAUCAUUGGCGGGAGGUAG